AAAAAGAAAAGAAAAGAAAAGGAGAGAACCCUACCCUACCUUGAGUUUUACCUUUCUUCCGAAGCUCUCAUCAUAAAUCAUAUACAACCCACAUAGAAAGCCACUGCAAAACCUUCUUCGAAAUUUGAAGCAACCAUGAAGCUCAAGAAGAAAGUAUACCCAUCUCCCUCUCCCUCCCCCUUCCCCUCCCCCUCCUCCGCCGGAGACCAUCUCUCUGUUUUGAAGUUCCUCCCAGCUGCCAUUCUUGCUCUCGCUUCGGUUCUCUCCCUCGAGGACCGUGAGGUUCUGGCUUACCUGAUAACCACGUCGUUGAAGACCACCACCACUACCACCAACGACCCAUCUUCGAUUCUGCAAGAUGCCAAGAGAAAAUCGUCCAAGAAACCGCUAACAGUGGGCAGUGCAACCGGAAAUACCAAGGGGAACUCUAGACAUAAGCCGCCGGUGUUCGAUUGCGAUUGUUUUGAAUGCUACACCAGCUACUGGCUCCGCUGGGACUCCUCCCCCAACCGGGAACUCAUCCACCAAGUUAUCGAGGCUUUUGAGGAUCACUUGAGCAACGGCGAAACCCAGAAAUCGAAGAGCACCAGAAACAGGAAGGGCCGUCGGAGUACCGAUAAUCCACCCCUCGAGCUUCCACCCGAACCCGAACCCAUCAUGACAGGUUCUGCAAUUUCUUCCCCUGAACAGCCAUCGCCGCCCCGGGUUAUCGAUGAGCCGCUCCCGGAGAAAGAAACUGAAGAACAAGCUUCUGAAGUCGCGGACAUGACUUCGGAGUUCGAUGUUUCAGCGGAUGAUGAGGUCGCGGUUCUACCAACGGCGGCGGCGGCGGCGGCGGCAAGCAACCACAAGGGGUUGGCGAGGAAGGUGCUGCCGGACGUGUUAGGUAUAUUUAAUUCCCGUUUAUGGAAUCUCUGGAGUCCAAAUGUCUAACUAUUUUCCCUGUGAAUUUUUUGAGUCCUUCAAAAUGGAUAAAAAAAAGUAUAUAUUUUUUGGGGUAGUAUCUAUCUCAAUGGAUGAAUGAAUGCAAUUCCUUUUCUGCCUCGAUGUCCUUACUUGCAAUUAUUAAUUUUUAUGGGGAAAUUUUUGAAACAUGUUUUUCUCUUAAUAAAUAGAAAAUUUGUAU